AUCGGUUUGCUGGGGAAUUGGCACGAGGACCCGAUGGGGCUCUCUCGCCGAAAAACAUUUCAGAUAUGGAUGGUGCUUGAAAAUCUCAUCAAAAUCAUUCAUCACAUUGUCUGCAGCUAGUUGCAACAACACUGCAUGAAGAGCACUCAAGGCCUUGUCCCCUGCCCAACUCUUUUGCCGACAGCUACACACAACCCACACAUAUGCACUGCCCUGAGACCUCUCUUCCUUCUACUAUAAUUCCAUGGCCUGCUCAACACAAACUUCUUCAUCUCAUCUACUCCUACAGAGCAACAUCACAAUCUACACCACACCUUUAGACUUUCAGAGCCAAACUGAAAUUUAGCCAGCCAAGAACACAUCAGACUCAACCAUGAUCCAUCCAAAGAAGCUUGCUCAGCUGGCCAAGAAGUUCAAGCGGAUAGCUGCCGGAGCCGGUGCCCGCCGCUGGCAGCAUGCCUCAAACACCGCCGACGACGAAUGCUGCAGCACAACGUCGUCUAUGGUUGCUGAUGAGGGCCACUGCAUAGUGUACGCCGCCGACGGAGAACGGUUCGAGGUCCCUUUGGCGUACCUUGGGACGACGGUCUUCGCUGAGCUCCUGAGGAUGUCCGAGGAGGAGUUUGGCUUCGCCAGCGGCAGCGAUGGAGGCAGGAUCAUGAUGCCCUGCGAUGCCACGGUGAUGGAGUACGUCUUGUGCCUUGUCAGGAGAGAGGCCUCUGAGGAGGUUGAGAGGGCCUUCUUGAGCUCUAUUGCUAGUUGUGUGGCGCCAUCGAUGGGACUCAACCAUCAGUUUGCUCUUUGUACUUAGCUACUAGCUUGUCUGGUGAUUAUUUUUGUUAGAACCUGAAGAUCCCUGUACAGUCUGAUGUAAGAUCCUACUAUCACGAGAAAUGAUACAAAAAAUACUAUUUUACUGA